ACCCCUACCUCUCGUUUUCCGUAGAUUGUAUAGUUGCCACCAUCGUCAUACACACACAUUCAAUCAAUUUGAUCAGACACACAGAACUACCAACAACAUGGAUAGGGUAUUCUCCGUAGAUGAAAUCCCCGAACACUUCUGGUCACCGCCGAUUCACGUCUCCGGCGACGAUGAAUCCUCUAAGAUGAGCCGCAGUGCUUCCGAGUGGGCUUUUCAACGCUUCCUCCAAGAAGCUUCGGUUUCUGCCACAUCUCCUCCUCCUUCUUCCCCUCUUGCUGAUGUGGAUACUCAGUCUAAACCCACUACCAUCGCACCAAUGGACGCCGGAGUUUUGUCCAAUGGACAUCCGCAUCCUCCUCCUCCGGUGGCCGUUGAUUCCGAGGAAUAUCGGGCUGUGUUGAAGAGUAAGCUUAAUCUCGCGUGCGCUGCGGUGGCCAUGACUAGGGGUUCUUUGCCUAAAUCUCAAGAUCCAGCCUCUUUUCCUGAGAAUGGAUCACAGUCUUCUAAUCCUACUCAAGUUGGAUCUCAGCCCGUUUUUGAAGGAUCUGCUCCUUCUGGAAACGAUCCACCUGUAUUACAAGAUAAAGAUGCCAAAGUAUCACCUGCGAUCCCUUCCAUACCUCCUGUGCAGAAAAAAACUGUUGUUGCAAUUAGACCAUCAACAAGUGGAUCAUCAAGAGAUCUGUCAGAUGAUGACGAAGCUGAGGGAGAGACAGAUAUGAAUGACAACACAGACCCAGCUGACGUAAAACGAGUAAGGAGGAUGCUUUCCAAUAGAGAGUCUGCAAGACGCUCAAGACGAAGAAAGCAGGCUCAUUUAACCGAGUUGGAAACACAGGUUUCUCAAUUAAGAGGUGAAAAUUCUUCCUUGGUAAAGCGCCUCUCUGAUGUGAGCCAAAAGUACACUGAUUCUGCUGUUGACAACAGAGUACUGAAAGCUGAUGUCGAAACCUUGAGAGCAAAGGUGAAAAUGGCUGAAGAGACCGUCAAAAGAAUUACUGGAUUGAAUCCGAUGUUUCACGUCAUGCCUGAUAUAUCAUCAAUGGGCAUGCCACCAUUUGAUGGAAGCCCUUCAGACAAUUCAGCUGAUGCAGCUGUUCCUGUGCAAGAUGAUCCACAUCAUCACUUCUAUCAACCCGGGUCUAACAAUCCUAUUCCAUGUCACGAAAUGAGAGUCAACAAUGGGUUGGGAGAAAUUUCUUCGAUUGAAAAUGCUCCGCAGAAUAAUGCAGCAGUUGUAGGUGGUGGUAACAAGGCGGGCCAAACAGCUCCUCCCGUGCACCGGGUGGCUAGCUUGGAACAUCUUCAGAAUCGGAUUCGUGGAGGCGCCGAUUCUUGUGGACCUUCUAAUGGGGAGCAGUAAUUAAAUAGCCAUAAAUUGGGGUUGAUUUAGUCAAGAAAUUACUCUUGAACACUCAUUUAUGUAUUAUAAGUUAAGUUCUAUUCUUAAUUACUUGCAAAUCAAUUUAAUGGAGCACAUGAUGCUGUACUCAAUCAGUGCACUCCAGAUCUUCUUUUGGGUUAGAUAAAAUUUACCCUCUUUUAUAGUUAACAAUUACCUAUUUCUUCAAAA